CACAAACGUGGAAUACAGUCUACUGCAGUCAUGUUUUUGAUGCUCAGUUGUUUCGCUCUGGUGGCCUCUGGCUUUGGGUGUGGGAUGCCAUCCAUCAGGCCCCAGGUGAGAGAAGAAGACCCCAAGAUUGUGAACGGACAGAACGCCGUGUCCGGGUCCUGGCCCUGGCAGGUGUCCCUCCAGGAAACCAGUGGAUUCCACUUUUGUGGCGGCUCUCUGAUCAACCAGAACUGGGUGGUCACCGCUGGUCACUGCCGCGUCGCCCCGGGUCGCCAUCGCGUCGUCCUGGGAGAGCACGACCGCCAGUCCAACGCUGAGCAGAUCCAGGUCAUCUCCAUCGCCAGGGCCAUCACUCAUCCCUACUACAACGCCCAGAACUUCAACAAUGACGUCACCCUGCUGAGGCUGGCCUCCCCAGCCAGGAUGUCGUCCCGCGUUUCCCCCGUGUGUCUGGCAACCCCCGGCAGCGACCCCGCCGCUGGCACCCGCUGCGUCACCACCGGCUGGGGCAAGACCGGCCAGACCUCCAGCCCUCGCUAUCUGCAGCAGACCUCCCUCCCCCUGCUCAGCAGCACUCAGUGCCGCCAGUACUGGGGUCAGAACAAGAUUACCGACGCCAUGAUCUGCGCUGGAGCCUCUGGAGUAUCCUCCUGCCAGGGCGACUCCGGCGGACCGCUGGUCUGUGAGAGGAGCGGCGUUUGGAGCCAGGUGGGCAUCGUCUCCUGGGGAACCAGCAACUGCAACGUGCGCACCCCGGCCGUGUACGCACGCGUGUCGUACCUGCGCCGCUGGAUCGACCAGACCGUGGCGUCCAACUGAAGAGGGGAGUCCAACUGAAGCAUGUGUCCGAGGGAGUGAGCAGCGUGUGGACGUCACGAGGUGUAGGACCGACAUCCAUUCAGAGAUAAAAUCAGUCGGUGGUCGUUUAAAUCGUUUGAGAGCCAAAUGUUCACAUGUGUUCAUUGUGAUGUAUGCUUGAAUUUCAUUGCAAGUAAAACUGUUGAAACCACCAAACAAGUGUUUUGUUUUUUACCUGG